UGGGAGUAGCUGAGGCUCUGUGAGCCUUUCAGGCAUCUUUGAGAGGCUGUGCAGCACGUCAGGCAUUUUCCCAGCUGUGAUACUGCAUUCCAUCGAUGGCAAAUUGGCUUCAGUCUGGUGAUAACAUACGGCAGCUUAUCCAACUCCAGUUGGAAGUGUGAUAUUCUAGGACUUGGCUUUGAAGAACCAUUUGCACUAAGGAAAUAAAUAUUCUUCCUUCUAAGGAAAGCCCUCAUAGGAGAGCAUGAUAGCACUGGCAGAUAGAAUUUUUACUGUAUUAGCUAAAAAGCAAACCAAAAACUUUAAAAAAAUUUACUGUAGAGUAACUGCCCAUGUUUUACUGUAGGGUCACAUUGACAAAAUAAUGCCUUAGGCAACAUCUUUACAAUGCAUCCCUAAGUUGUGACCAAUUCCUGCUUAUGUUUUUAGUAACAUUUUCUCCCUGAAAUAUCUGAUGAGUAUUUUCUGGUUUAGGCUAGCUAGAUUUUCAUUGUUCCUUCUUCGUGUUCUUUUGUUGCUGGCUUUCCUAACAGUUUUCUGCUUUUUCAAAUGGUUGGGGGUUUGGGGUCAAUGGGACUCUGUGGUUUAUCAAGUCAUAUUACAGUGGGGUACUUGUCAGGCAUUAACAUUUUCUGGUAAGCAUUUCUGUACAACAGCAUUGCAAAAGAUAGAUUCUUUGGGAAAUUCCAGCAGGAGAAUUCUUCCACCAGCCUGUCGGUCAUUCCUCAUGUUGAACUAUUCUAUUUUUGUUCUUCCCUGAUACUACCUAUGUGCUGGUUAGAAUGCUGUAAGGGAACAUGUCAGCUGGCUGUUUAAUAGCAGUGGUUUAGGUGUGACUCUUGUUUAGUUGUGCACUCAAAGCUGACAUUUAAAUGGUACUGUCCAAUUAUAGAAAAUUCCUUGGGCCCUGUGUCGUGUACUCUGCAGUCUGGGAACAGAAUAAAUCUCCUCAAGCUAAACAGCUUCUGAAUGUAAGAGAAAGAGAAAUAAUAAUAUUGAACUUAGUUUCUUUAAUGCUUUAUUUUAACACAUUUUGGGAACUCUAAAGCAGAGUUGUAGAGGAGAGGGUAGGAGAAGAGCAGGAACAAGGGACUUCCUUUUUUCCAUUUCUCCACAGGCAUCUCUAGUGUGAUUCAUUCAUGUGGGAGUUGUCUACCAAUGAAAUUUAUCUCCAAUCCGACAGUAACUGAGUGCUUUUAGUUUCCCAAGUAGAUUACCUGACUGUCAUAACUGGUAUGUUUGUGAGUUUCUGGAUGGUGUUGGGAAUUCCUCUGGAUUUACUGGGGUAAAAUUAGAUCCUUUGAAGCGUGUCCACAUGAUUUGUCUCAUACCAGGAUAUUCAGGGCAAUGAUACUGGGUAGUUUUUAAUGAAAGUUGAACUUCCUGCUCUUCUGUACAUAUGACAGAAGUUGGCUGUGUACCUGGGAAUGCUUUGAGUCCAAGCACAAGGACUUCCCUGGAGAAAGAUAAAGCACCUGAAUGUCUGCAGCUCACAUUCCAGGAAAUUCUGGAGAUCUUUCCUAAGAGUCUAAGGAAAUGACCUAGAGGCCUUACAAAUACAUUUGUGCAUUUUUGUUCUGAGUCUGCAAUUGAGGGCAAACGCAGUCUGGAAGCACCACUUCUUAAAGUUACAACGGAAACAACUACCUCAACAAACAGGGAAAGGGGAAGAAGGCUUGCAAUAACAAACACUCUAGUUUUUAAUAGCUUAUACUUGCAAAGUCUUCUGCAAACAGUCCAGAUUUUUUUUCCCCCCUCCAAUAUUAAGAAGAGACACUACAAGUAAACUGAGUUGGCAGACUGGAUCUGUCAAGACAUUUGGAGAUAUUUGAUCUGCUGACAUAAGGAUUUGCUUUUUCAAGGAAAGAGCCUCUGCACUGCUUUUAUAAUCGCUGUUGAUCGGUGGUUUGCUCCACUUUUCCUGAUACUACUAAUGGGAGAAUUGUAUUAAGGUAUUGCUUCUAAAACUAUUAUUUGCAUUGACAAAAUUAAUUUUCGUAGAUGCAACAGCAAGAGACGGUGUUGUGCUCGUGAAGAACUUGAAGGCGAUCACUUCUCUGCUCCACUUGCUUUUUUGCCUGCAGAGGGGAUACCACAAAGGGACAGAGCAUUAUUGAGAUACUUGGGCUUGCUUUUUGAGUACAGUUUAUAACUGCAGCAGGGCUGCACCCAACAUUGAAAACACAGAGUCAGCAAAUCUGCUGCCGUUCCCACUGCUGAUACAGAUUAUACAGACGCUCGCCUUUCUGAAAUGCCUUUUGUGAAACCUAUGUACACAGUCCUGCACCGGUACUGUACAUAGAUACCCGAGGAAGGAAUUUGACAAGUGAUUGCUAAUUCAAGAACUCUCUGGACAAGCACUCACUUAUGUAUUGCUGCAGUGCACAAGAAAGCAAAAUGGACUAUAAGCGGCGCUUCUUGCUUGGCGGGUCCAAGCAGAAGGUGCAGCAACACCAGCAGUAUCAAAUGCCCGAGCUGGGCAGGACCCUGAGCGCCCCGCUGGCCUCGGCCACCCCCAGCACCCCCCUGGUGUCCCCGGCUGCUGCCGGCGGCUGCUCCCACCCCGCCUCCCACACGACUCCGAUCGCAGACAUCCAGCAGGGAAUCUCCAAAUACCUGGAUGCACUCAACGUGUUUUGCCGUACGAGCACUUUCCUCACAGACCUUUUCAGCAGCGUGUUCAGGAACUCGCACUACUCUAAGGCAGCUAUGCAACUGAAAGACGUGCAGGAACAUGUCAUGGAAGCGGCGAGCCGACUCACAGCAGCAAUAAAACCAGAAAUAGCAAAAAUGCUGAUGGAACUGAGUGCAGGAGCUGCGAACUUCAAAGAUCAAAAAGAGUUCAGCCUACAAGACAUUGAGGUACUUGGGCGAUGUUUCUUGACAGUGAUGCAGGUCCACUUCCAAUUCCUGUCCCAGGCUUUGCAGAAAGUCCAGCCAGUGGCACACUCCUGCUUUGCUGAAGCUGUAGCUCAGGAGAGGAAGAACGUUAGUGGGACUGGAGCCUCGAAUAUAAACCCCACAAAUGAGCUGGAAGAUGCAAUAAGAUCCUGGAGAGGAGCAGCAGAGGCCACAUCUCGACUGCGAGAAAGAGGCUGUGAUGGAUGUUUGGCAGGAAUUGAAGUUCAGCAGCUUUUCUGCUCACAGACUGUGGCCAUCCCUGAACAUCAGCUCAAAGAGCUAAACAUGAAAAUUGACAGUGCUUUGCAGGCUUACAAAGGGGCUCUGGAGAGCUUGGGUCAUUGUGAAUAUGCAAUGAAGGCUGGCUUCCACUUGAACCCAAAAGCAAUUGAAGCAAGUCUUCAGGGCUGUUGCAGUGAAGCUGAAGCUCAGCAAACAGGAAGGAGGCAGACUCCACCUCAGCCCAUUCAGUGUGAGCUGCCCACUGUCCCUGUCCAGAUUGGAUCCCAUUUUCUGAAAGGAAUCUCCUUCAAUGAGUCUGCAGCAGAAAACCUGAAGCUGAAAACGCACACAAUGCUGCAGUUGAUCAAGGAAGCCGGAUGCCACAAUGGACUCACACCCCGGGACGACUCUCCCGUGACUGAAGUGCUGAACCAGGUCUGCCCUUCCACGUGGAGAGGAGCCUGCAAAACUGCUGUGCAGCUGCUGUUUGGCCAGGCUGGACUGGUGGUUGUGGACACGGCACAGAUUGAAAAUAAAGAAGCCUAUGCUCCUCAGAUAAGUUUAGAAGGAUCAAGAAUUGUGGUGCAAGUUCCAUCAACUUGGUGUCUGAAAGAAGAUCCAGCAACAAUGUCUUUGCUGCAGAGGAGUCUGGAUCCGGAGAAGACUUUGGGGCUGGUAGAUGUGCUCUAUACUGCUGUGUUUGAUAUACACAGGUGGAAGGAAGGAAGGGAGCAAGCUUUGCCUUGUAUUCAGAUCCAGUUACAGCGUGAAAUCUCAGAAUUUGGGAGCCAAGUUGACAUGCCAUCGGGGAAUGGAAGCAAAUCUUCAGGGGGUCUGCAAAAGACAUUCUCAAAACUGACUUCAAGGUUUACAAAAAAAACUUCCUGCACUAGUACAAGUAACACAGGAAGUUACUCAAUCCCCAAUACACCUUCCAAAAAUGUCUUCAUAAGUUCCAGCUCAGAGGAGAAAGCUAAAAUGCCCACUAACAUGGACGCACGGUUGCAGAACAUCCUGAACAUCGGUAACUUCCCUCGGAGCGCAGAUGCCCUGCAGCCAGUGCAGAGCACAACCAACCAGCUCGUCAAUGGCUUUCUAGUGGAAAGAAGGGACAGCUUCUUCAAACCAGAUGAUGGCAAGGAUGACAAAGGUAUGAAUUUACCAACUGACCAAGAAAUGCAGGAUGUUAUAGAUUUCUUGUCUGGUUUUAACAUGGGCAAAUCCCAGCAGACUUCUCCGAUGGUGAAAAGAAGGAACUCUGUUGCAUCCUCUACAGCAGCAGAACAAAAGUCAGGAGCAGUUCAACAGCAGCCGCAGUCUGUGUCUCACACCCCACUGCAUCCUCCUCAGCAAGGCUUGUCCCAGCAGCAGUCCCAAAAGCAGCAGCAGCAAAUGCAGUAUUACCAACACUUGCUUCAACCUAUUGGACCACAGCAACGUGUACCUGCCAAAUGGCUCAGUAAUUCUUCACAGCAGCAAGCUCCGGCUGUUGGAGCUGGAUUGUCUCAUAUAAAUCAGUGGAACAAUCCUGGUUUUUCAGAUUUAAGCUCUGAUUUGUACAGCUUGGGUCUUGUGAGCAGCUAUAUGGACAAUGUGAUGGCAGAGAUGUUAGGACAGAAACCACAAGGACCUAGAAACAACACAUGGCCAAAUCGUGACCAAACUGAUGGAGUGUUUGGGAUGUUGGGAGAAAUCCUGCCUUUUGACCCUGCAGUUGGCUCUGAUCCAGAGUUUGCUCGCUAUGUUGCUGGGGUGAACCAGGCUAUGCAACAGAAGAGGCAAGCACAGCACGUCCGUCGUCCAAGCACCACGCGUGGCAACUGGCCUCUUCCUGAUGAUCCUCAUAAAACCUGGCCCUUCCCUGAGUAUUUCACAGAGGGUGAUGUGACAAACAGCUGGUCUGGUACUCAAGGAGACUCUGCCAGCUCAAGUGAUGAGACCUCCUCAGCUAACGGAGACAGUUUGUUCUCCAUGUUCUCAGGGCCAGACCUUGUUGCUGCUGUAAAGCAGAGGAGAAAACACAGCAGUGGUGAACAGGAACCCAGCACGCUGCCAUCGCCUCCACUUCUCUCUGCAGCAGAUGACCGCAGUCAGGAUAACAAGACCAAAACCUGGCCUCCCAAGGCCCCGUGGCAGCACACAUCCUCUGUGCCGAGCACGCUGCCCAGCCAGAGCACGUCCCUGUACCCCAUGAGCAGCCCCGUGAGCCAGUGGAGCGACGCCAUGCAGAUGCUCCAGUCGCCCAUGUGGGCCAGCGACUGCGCCCCGGCAGCCGGCAUCUCCUCCGGCUUCGCCUACGCGCAGCAGCAGCAAUCCCAGCAGGCUUCCCAGCACAAACAGAUGAACAAGGGCUUUAAAUCGUUCCCAGUAAAGCACGAACGCAGACCGUCGUACCUGCACCAGUACUAACUGCUUGUCGUGCUGGGAAAUGCGGCACAGGGCCAAAUGAAAAUUACGUUACUUUGA